UUCAUUUGAAACAUUUUAUUGAAUAGGCCAGGGCUGGGUCGGUAGUUCCGCUUCCCCUUCGCCAUAGCGGAAUUAUCCAAGGGCCGAAAAGAUAGAAGAAAAGUUGCACUGUAAAUAGUUGGAGUAACCAUUGUACUAAGUUAUUUAUACACCGGCUGUACCACCGGGGAGCACUUGUUACGGUGGAAUAACUUUUAAAGGAUAUACAGACGUUUUGCACACCGUCGAGGAUCGUUCGGGACUGAAGUUCUAAUCAAGUUUAACUGGUGUGGAUUCUCCGGUACUUCUUGGUGUUUUCUUUCUCCUGCAGUGCAUGAACACACCAGUGUCUCAUGCUGAUGUGAGCGCCGCCUUCCUCCCUCACCACUUACUAUCCUCACACGCUGUAUUCCAGUCCCGGUUAGCCUUGUGAGGCUUGUAACCACCUCCUGGCCAUGUGUGAUAACGGAGAUCCUGAGGAUAAACCCCCUGCCCCUCCGGUCAGGAUGAGCAGCACUAUCUUCAGCACUGGCUCUGGCAAAGACUCACUUUCGGCUAACCACAGCUCUAAACCGCUGCCUUCUGUGCCUGAGGAGAGGAAGCGCAAUAAGAUCAUCUCAAUCUUCUCUGGGGCUGAAAAAAGUGGUAGAAAGAAAGAUCGAGACAAAGAGCGGCCAGAAAUCUCACCGCCUUCAGAUUUUGAACAUACCAUACAUGUUGGGUUUGACGCUGUAACAGGGGAGUUCACGGGUAUGCCAGAGCAAUGGGCUCGACUACUCCAGACCUCAAACAUUACCAAGUCAGAGCAGAAAAAAAACCCACAGGCUGUGCUUGAUGUCCUUAAGUUCUAUGACUCUACAGGCAACGGUCGCCAGAAGUACCUCAGCUUCUCAUCCUCUGAAAAAGACACAUUUACAGUAGGGCCUCAGUCCGCUGCCAAAAAAGGCACUGAACCCUCAUCUCCAAACAUCAAAGACAUCGAUGAUGAUGACGAUGAUGAAGCGCCUCCACCAGUUGUGGCACCAAGACCAGAACACACAAAGAGUGUAUAUACUCGCUCUGUCAUCGACCCCAUCCCUGCUCCAAGCACGUGUCCGGACGGAGAUGUGGCCUCCAAGGCUGCAGACAGGCAAAAAAGGAAGGGCAAGAUGUCAGAUGAAGAGAUCAUGGACAAACUGAGAACCAUAGUCAGUAUUGGGGAUCCCAAGAAGAAGUACACCCGAUAUGAAAAGAUUGGCCAGGGGGCAUCGGGAACAGUAUUCACAGCCAUUGAUGUAUCCACGGGACAGGAGGUCGCCAUUAAACAGAUCAACUUACAAAAGCAGCCGAAGAAGGAGCUGAUUAUCAACGAGAUUCUAGUGAUGAAGGAGCUCAAGAACCCAAACAUUGUCAACUUUUUAGACAGUUUCCUGAUGGGGGAGGAGUUAUUUGUGGUGAUGGAAUAUCUUGCUGGUGGCUCGCUGACAGAUGUGGUUACAGAGACCUGUAUGGAUGAGGCCCAGAUAGCUGCUGUCUGCCGAGAGUGUUUACAAGCAUUGGAUUUCCUACACGCAAAUCAGGUCAUCCACAGAGACAUCAAAAGUGACAAUGUGUUGCUUGGGAUGGAUGGUUCUGUCAAGCUAACCGAUUUUGGCUUUUGCGCCCAGAUCACUCCAGAGCAGAGCAAACGCAGCACCAUGGUAGGCACGCCUUACUGGAUGGCUCCUGAAGUGGUGACCAGAAAGGCUUAUGGGCCUAAAGUAGAUAUUUGGUCACUGGGUAUUAUGGCCAUUGAGAUGGUUGAAGGAGAACCUCCCUACCUGAAUGAGAAUCCACUACGAGCAUUAUACCUAAUUGCUACAAAUGGCACACCUGAGCUUCAGAAUCCUGAGAAGCUGUCUCCAAUAUUCAGAGAUUUUCUAAACCUGUGCCUGGAAAUGGAUGUAGAGAAAAGAGGCAGUGGCAAAGAGCUCCUGCAGCAUCCAUUUUUGAAGCUGGCGAAACCCCUCUCCAGUCUCACACCUCUCAUCUUGGCAGCCAAGGAGGCCAUGAAGAGCAAUCGUUAGCUGAUGAAAGUAGCUAUCCUGCCUUCCCAUGCUGUGCACAGAUAUGUGCCAACUAUUUAGAUUUUGUGCCAGACAAUAGGCUGAGAGUGGUGUUCCACUCUUGAUGCACCAGCCUUAUAAGCCCUGACAAACCUCACUGUGAAGAAGACCAAAAAUCUAGAGCACAACCCCACCGCUGUCCAUAUGAACUCUAUUCAUUCUCAGAUGUCAGAAGACAAGUCAAACUCAAGUGCUUAGUAUCAGAGUCGGGCAUAGUUAAUUUUGUACAUCAACUCUUCUGGUGAUAAGUUAGGGCUAGGCUUGUAUUUAACUUGGAAUGAAGAAGAUGCCUAGUUCUACUUAGUUUUUUUAAUCAACUGCCUUAAACAAAUGCAAAAUGUUGCCUAAUGUAUUGUUGAUUGUCUCAGUGUCUCUCUUCCCAUGAUUUUUACUACCUUUGUAAUUGAUCUUUUCAGCUUGUCGGUGUCUUAGUUAUUUUGAUACUUGAAUUUUAUGUUUGUCCCCCUUCUUGUCACAUAUUGUCUCAUUCAGUGAACACUUGUGCUAUUUCCACAUCCACCCAUGGUUUAAGGACAUUUCUUUUAUUGGUUUUUAUAGGAAACAUUUCAGUGGAGUCAUCAUCAUGAACAUGUGUUGUGAUUAUGUCGUUCUACAUUUGUUACACACAACAGAGCUACUGUACCUGUUAUUCCCCUGUAUCUUUAUAGUCUUCUGAUACCAGAGGCGCACCUUACAGGCAAAUUAAAAUGUUAGAUUGACAGGGUUUCUACUUUCUUCUCUGUUGUUAUUAAAAAUGAGUAUUGUAUGUUGAACUCUGUCCUUGUGUCCGUGUUGACUAAACAAAUGCUCUUUUUCCCAUGUGUAUAUUGUGUACUUAACUAGUUUGAAAAACGUGACCAUAUGAUACUGGUUGGAUACAAAGGCUGGUAAAGACAAUUUGUUAACGGUUUCUCUUCUGGACGACUAACAACCUUGUCUGCGCACUCAAAUAAAUUCAACUGUUUUUACUUUUGUGA